AUGAUGCAAACAGGUGACGCCCAAAUUGGUUUGGAUGGGCCAACUGUUACAGCGGAAGAUGGCUUCUUAGCAAAAGUGAUAAUCAGUUCGAUGGAUGUUAGAAAAGUUAUUGCCCUCAUUGGUGCAUUAUACUGGACUAUUAUGACUGUUUUUGUUGUUCCGGGUAUUAUUGCCGCAACGUUCCUUACCGUUAUGGUACCUGCUCUUUGUGUCAGUGUCUCAUGGUUUAACUGGCUUGAUCAUAAGCUUUGCCGUAUGGUAAACGAUCAUUGGAGUUCGGCUGUACAAAUUGCAGGUAUUAAUAUUGUGGAGUAUGGUGACGAUAUUUCAAAGCUCUCCGAAAAACGAGUUUUAUUUCUUUCAAAUCAUUUGGGUCUUGCUGAUCAUUUCGUGAUUAUGUCAGCAUUACGAAACAAAGGAGCUGUUGUUGAAAAGUACCUUUGGGUAAUAUAUAAUAUAUGGAAAAUGACACCACUGGGUGUUAUGUGGAUUAUCCACGGUAAUUAUUUUGUUGACGGUGGUGCUGCAAAACGAAACCAAAUGAUAGAGGAUUUCAAAACGCAUUUGAAAAGGAAUUAUUGGAAAUAUGAUCAUCGAUGGAUUAUUAUGUACCCGGAGGGAGCAAGACUAUAUCGGAUUAAAGAAAGUAAUGCUCGAUACGCAGCUCGCAAAGGUUAUAAGAUCUUUCGGCACUGCGCACUACCACGUACUGGCGCUGCUCAUGCUGCUAUCGAAAUAACAAGUGAUGCAACCAUUGAGGACAUCAAUAGUUCACUCGAAUACAUUAUUGAUUGUACCUUGGGAUAUGAGAAUGGAGAUGUACCCAGUAUCGGUAGCUGGUUACUCGGCGAAUUACCGAAUGGACUUCUAAAUGUUGCUAUUUAUUACAAAGUUUAUCGAAUAAAGUCUGAGUGGAAGGACGAAAAUAUGCUGAGACAUUGGUUGUAUGACAUCUAUGAAGAAAAAGAUGAAUUACUAGAAAAGUUUUACCAGAGUGGCGUAUUUCCGAUGGAUUCACAGCACCAUCCAACCGUCAUAAGUACUUCAAUAUCCAGUUGUUUAUUUGUUGAGGCAUUUUGGCUUUUGCUCCUAUACCUUCACUAUUCCAUAUGGUUGAAGUCAGUUACUACCCUGAUUUACCGAUGUUUUCUUCUUAUAUUUGCUUUCUUUUGGGAUCUUUUAAAUUUUUUCCAGAUAUCAUACUUCUUUCUUUAA